CCGGGCCGGGCCGGGCCGGGAUGGGGCAGCGCGAUCGGAUGUUCAAGGUGCUGGUGGUGGGGGACGCCACGGUGGGCAAGACCUCGCUGGUGCAGCGCUACGCCAACGACAGCUUCAACCGGCACUACAAAUCCACCGUGGGAGUGGAUUUUGCGCUGAAGGUGGUUCAGUGGUCGGAGUCGGAGACGGUUCGGCUGCAGCUGUGGGACAUUGCAGGGCAGGAACGCUUCACGUCCAUGACCCGGCUGUACUACAGGGAUGCCUCGGCCUGUGUGAUCAUGUUUGAUGUCACCAACGUCAGCACCUUCAGCAACAGCCAGAAGUGGAAGCAGGACUUGGACAGCAAGCUCGUGCUGCCAGAUGGGAGCCCUGUGCCCUGCCUGCUGCUGGCCAACAAGUGUGACCUUUCCCCGUGGGCAGUGACCAGGGAAGAAGUCGAUCGGUUCAGCAAAGAAAAUGGAUUUUCAGGAUGGGUGGAGACAUCUGUGAAGGAAAACAAGAACAUCAACGAGUCCAUGAGGGUUCUCAUUGAGAAGAUGAUGUCCUCAUCCACGGGACAUGGAAGUUCCUCCUCUGCUGGGAGUGGGGACUAUAUCAGCAUCAAGGAGACCUCCACUCCAGGCUGGGCCUGCUGCUAAAGCCACUGACACUCCAUCCCCUGGGGUCCAGCACUGAUGGGCUUCUCAUCGUCAUCAUCAUCAUCGUCAUCAUCAUCGUCAUCAUCAUCAUCAUCGUCACCUCUCCCUAAACUGUCACUGGUCUGGGGGCUUUUUCCCGUGAUUUUGAACUUGCCUCCUGCCCAGUGAAUGUUUUCUCAGCAGAGUGUUGCUACAGUGACUUGGAGCAAGGAAUGGGAGGAAGAGGAGCAGGAAGAUUCCUCUUUUCCCCCAUGGUAGCAGCCGGGAGCUCUGCUGCUCUGAUGGAGCACAAUCCAUGGCCAAGCAGUGGCUUGGAUUACAUUUUUUUUUUUUAAAUUCUGAGCACUUCAUCCUCUGGCAGUGCUGGCCUGUCCCAGGCAGGGCUGUCAGAGG